AUGAAAAUUUCAACGUUGAUGUCCGCGACAGUAGCCGCCCAAGAAGGAUGUUUGAUCAUGGAAGAAGCUGCCAAUGGAUGGAAAUCUUUGACCUCGCCAGAUUAUCCUAAAAAGUUCAACCCCAACGCUGAAUGUGUUUACAGAAUCACGGCGCCAGAAAAUGAAAGAAUCGAACUCGAAUUUGUCGAUUUCUUGCUUUUCAACAACCAAAUCGAAGAUUGCGCUGCACAAAGUUUGACCAUUAGAGAUCCUCUUUCUGAUUCUCCGAUUGGCAAAUACUGUGGAAACACGAAGCCACCAAAUUACACAACAAUGGGCAACUCCUUGUUUAUGGUUUUGGACUCGAAUACAGAUGGCGAAUACAAGGGUUUCCACAUCAAAUACCGAAUCCACGGUUCUUCCCCCAAAAUGGCCGUCGAAGCCGCCGCCAGCGAAAACCCCCGACAAAAACUCUCCAAGGGAGGCAACAUGAAGAGCCAGCGCGAGGCACGUCCCGGCGAGUUCGGUGCCAAGGUCCUCGCCGCCGCGAAGCACCUUUCGCUGAAGAACGCCGCCGCCGCUGCUUCCGAAAAAGGUGAAAUUGAAGCGCAGCUUCUCACUCAGAAUGAGGUAAACCACCGACGUCGUCGUCAGGUGAACCGAGGAUAUGGCGGUCCACGCGGUCGCGACUACAACGACUAUCAAUACGGUUCUACCCCUUACGGCGGUCGAGGUGGAAGACCAGCUGCUCCAUCGGGCCCCAAAUGCCGACCCGGCUUCCCCUGCCCCGGCACCGAAUAUAACCCCGAUACCGCUACCUCAAGCUCUACCAAACGCGAGAUCAGAUGCGUCGGCGCCAAUUGCAAGAAGGCUGGGGUAAGUUCUGGAGGUAACUCCAACUUGAUCCACGGAUUCGUCUGGGUCAUUGUCAUCGGCGUCUUUGGUGCUAUUGGUUGGUACAUCUACAAGACCUACUUCAUGGAAGACGAAGAGGCCAAGAAGAAGGCAGAGGAGGAUGAAAAGAGACGAGAAGCCGAGGGAAAUAUUGGCGCUGCUACUUUAGCUGCAGCACGCGGCAUCGGAGGUGCUCCAGCCAAAGGCUUCGACGCUCCACCACGAUACGAGUCAUGGCAGGACCAUGCGCAGCCCAUCAGCGAGGCCAAGUAA